GCACAUUGAAAAAAUGACCUCCCCCAUUAAAACCCUUCUCUUCGACCUAAGACACCACAACUCCUUCGUCACGCCCCUGACCAACCUUUCAGACCCCUACAUCCACUCCAUGCACACAUUCCAAACUUUCACCACGUCCCUCAUCCAUGCGCUGGAAGCCAACGACUCCGCAGUCAUCGAGCUGGCACAGAACUAUACACUGCAAGGAAUUUACUCCGACUUGCCUUCUUUCUACGAGCAAGUGACGUUUAGGGAUUGGGUGGAAGAUGGGAUGUUGAAACAUCCUCAACGAAGGACGGUGGAACAGCAUCAAUACCUUCACAUCGUAGAGCUUCAAACAUUGCAGGGCCCAUGCAUGGAUGUGGGGAGUAUCGUAGCGAGCGCUCUCGCGGCGGGGCAUGAAUGGCAUGAAACUGCAUACGACCGAGCGAAUUUGAUAAAAGACCCAGAUGCACUGUGGUUCUUCACAUCCGCCUCUCAACGUCUCGAAACAGUAUCUAUUGCCGACGACGACUCAUGUCCGAUCUGCACAUCCCUCUUCGACGCCCACACCCACAUCCCCAAACGCGCUCCCUGCACGCACACCUUCUGCGCCCCCUGCCUCUCCUCCUGGCUCCUCAAAAGCACACUCACAUACUCCUGCCCUCUCUGCCGCGCAUGUAUAAUCUGCGGGCGGAAUCCAUGUAGCUACCACGAUCUACCCAACGAGUCUGUGAUUCCGAUGCCGUUGGGUGAGAUCAUGGAUGUGGUGUUGGUUGAUAGAAUAGGCGGGAUGAAUCCUAGGGGAGCAGAGUUGCAUGGAAUGGCGCCAGAGACGUACUGGGUCCUUAGGGAGAAGACUCGGAAGGACAGGGGUGUGUUGAAAGCGGCGAGAAAAUGUGUUGGGUGUGAUGGAGGAAGAGGAUGAGAUUAGAGAUAUGAUGGAGGGGAUAGAGCGGGAUGCUGCUGAGCGUAUCAGGGAAGAUAUCUUGGGUGCGGUGACGGGGGUGCAACGCAUAGAGUUGGAGCUGACAUGGUGAAGAGCGAAAUAUCCCCGUGUUUAAAUUUGGUUUUCGGAGACUGUUCAUUGUAGGUUUACGAAUAGACCCCCAUCAACCAACAACUGCGCGCCAUUCACAUAACCGCUCAAAUCACUGCCCAGAAAGAUCGCCGGACCGGCCAAAUCACUCGGCACCCCCGUUCUUCCCAGCGGUAUCCUACCUUCCAUGUACUUCCUCUUCUCCUCGUCUUC